AUGCCGCCUCUCAGGAAUAAGAAUGAGAGCUUUCAUAAAAUUUUGGUGAACCACCUCUUUAAGGAACACCAAGCCAAGUGGAAAGAAUUGCAAGAAAAGAGAAGGAAGGAGGAGAUUGUUGCAGCAACUACUUUGACAGAAGCAUUGGUAGAUCAUCUAAAUGUAGGUGUAGCACAAGCAUAUGUGAAGCAAAGAAAGUUGGACCAUGAGGUAAAGACGUUGCAAAGACUGGCUGCCCAGUUUGGAAAUCAGACGACACAAUGGAUUGGUUUUGUGGAGAACUUUAUCCAGGCCCUAAAAGUAUAUAUUCCAGUGCUUGCUUUAAUAAGCGUAUUUAGCCUUUGAUUUGAUUCAGACGGGCAUUAAGGCCUAUGGGGCACUGGCCAUUAUGAUUUAGCUUUGUUUAGCCUGAGCACAGAGUUAGUCAAACACACACUUGCCAUUGGUCUGAGAUUUCUUUUACAUAGAUUUAUUUAUAGUCUGGAGUUUCCUGAUUAAUCAUUGAACAUUACAUUUAUUAGAACGUUCUUUUUUUAAUACUGGUCUGGGGUCCCACCUGCAGGACACUGAGAGAAAUACAUUCAUGUAGCAUAAGGAUUUCCCAAAAGGCAAUAUCCUGUCCAACAAAAAUUCCUGAUGGAUUAAAAUCUGUGUCUUGUGCUUUACUUUUUUUUUUUAUUACUGAUGAAAUGUACAGGUUGCUUACAUUUAAAUGUGUUUUUAAAUAUCUAUAUUGUAAAGUUAUUUUGCAAAGAUUGGACUGUAUUAAAGACUUCUAGUAUGCAUAGCUUUUUUAAAAUAUAUAAUGAAAAAUACUUUUCUGGCUGCACAGGGAGCCAGUGCAUUAGUACUCGAAUAAUAAAUUUGGUGGGGUUUGCUUACCCUUCAAAUGAUUGCAAUAGUUAAAUAAGGAAGCCAUACAGUAGCAGAACUUUAUUUUACAAAGUUUUCUAAAGUUUUUCUUAUAGUUUUUGAGAUAUAAAUUGUUUUAAUGUGCUUCAUCAACCUUAACUCUUUUUUUCCCAAAAACAACUCUAAGAAAAAAAAAACAUUAAAGACAAAUCUCAUACUUCAUGUUCAAUCCUCAAUCAAUAGAUCAAACAAUCUAUUCUGACUUACCUGAGACCCGGGCCGGUGCUGCUGUUAGCAGAAAACCACACUGGCCCAGGCAUCCCCUCCUUGGAUUUGUCAUUCUUCACUAUACAUGUGCAGUAAAGUGAAAAGGGUUGUAUUUUUUAAUGUUCGGCUUUUCACUCUGCGAGCGCAGUAAAGAAAGAAGAAGCUAGAAGACAAUCUCUCUGUGGUGCUUGCUGAGAAGAACCCUGGACCAGAGCAGUUUUGUGCUAACAGGAGCACCAAGCCAGGGUAUCCAGUAAGUGAUUUUAAAGGUAACUGAAGCCCCAAAAUGGAUAUUUAAGCAACAGAAAGUAUAUAUAAUAUUAAGUGGCAU